UUCGGCGCGUCUAGAUCUCAUUUCCAUGUCAGGAAAGACCUCACUUGAAUCAGUAGGAUGAAGUUGUGGGAGUCAGACCAUUGUACCAUCCGAAUAAUUCGCCGGUGUUUGAGUUCUUGCAUUUGAAUAUCCGGGGGGAUUUAGAGAUAAACAUUGGCCUGCGAAAUUAUUACCAACCAUGGACUAGACGACCUGUCACCCGGCCAACCAAACAAACUCGCAAGACAACUUGUUUCGUCAACAGCACCACAACCGCAACUCAAGUUGCAACGCGUCCGGAACGACUAGGGAGAUGGUGACGAUGGCACGGCACAUUGGGCUUGACCCGAACAACCCCCAGUGGCACCGCUCUUCAACCUCACUCUCACGCCAUCUCCUCUCCGCCCUCCUUCUCACAACCACCAUCACCACGGGCGUACACGCCUACACCCCUCUUUCCACCUGCACCCUCCAACACCUCACCUUCGGGCCCUCCUCCGACUUCGACAUCCACAAUGGCUUCGGGUCUAGCUCUCUCCUCGCCCCCAUCCUCAUCCCACGCGUCCCCGGCACCGAAGGCUCUCGCCUCGUCCAGCAGCACUUUGUCGAUUUCUUUUCUUCCCAACUACCCGACUGGACGCUCGAAUGGCAGAAUUCAACCUCCACGACGCCCGCAACUGGGUCCCAGCUUAUCCCGUUUGCGAAUUUGAUUCUACGAAGGGACCCACCUUGGGCAAAGGCCGGGAAUGUGAAGAGGUUGACGCUCGCGGCGCAUUAUGAUAGUCUGUUUCGACCGGAGGGGUUUAUUGGGGCUGUGGAUAGUGCGGCGCCUUGUGCCAUUUUGAUGGCGGUGGCGAGGGCGGUGGAUGGGGCGUUGGGGAGACGGUGGGAAGGGGUUAUGGCCGCGAAGGAGAAGAGGGAGGGAGGUGGGGAGCGGGAUGCUGGUGACGGGUUGGAAGAUGAGGAAGGCGGAGAGGAGGAGGAGGAGAAAGGAGUGCAGAUUGUGCUGUUCGAUGGCGAGGAGGCUUGGGAGAGGUGGACGAAUACGGAUUCGACUUAUGGCUCUAGAGCACUGGCCGAAGCCUGGCAAUCAUCUCCAUAUGAGGCCUCAUCAACCCACUCCAACCGGCUAGAGUCUAUCAGCCUGCUCGUGCUCCUGGAUCUCCUGGGAGCGGGCAACCCCCGGAUUCCGUCCUACUUCUGGGACACGCACGGGGCGUACAAAGACUUGGCCAAGAUCGAGACCAGGCUACGAAAGCUGGGAGUUUUGGAAACGGCUCCCGCUUCGCCAUUCUUACCGGAUAGCGAGAAGCCGUAUAACCGGUUCACGAGGGGGUAUAUACAGGAUGAUCAUGUCCCGUUCAUGGAACGUGGUGUCAAGGUGUUGCAUAUCAUACCCACGCCGUUCCCGCCCGUGUGGCAUACUAUGGAUGAUGAUGGGGAACAUCUUGAUCUGCCGACUGUGAGGGAUUGGGCCAAGAUCAUGACGGUGUUUGUUGCUGAGUGGAUGGAUCUCGAUGGGGUGCUUUCGCAGGAAAGCUGCGCUGCGCAGAAAGAGAAAGGCAGCGGGAGCAUGGAGAAAGACGAGCUCUAGUGAUACGGGAGGGCUACUUAGGUUUGGCUAGAAUUUCUACAAUCAUACGUUGAAUUAUCAUGGACAAGAAAUAAUUACCUUGAAAACAUACACCGUAACAGUGACUGUA